GCAAGGGGUGGCAUGUAUGUUGGCUGAUGCUUCAUCCUUCUGCUUUUUGAUUCCACGCAAGUUUGAAGACAGAGCACACGUGGAGGGAGCUGGGUCCUCGUUGCUCACAUUUUGGGUGCUGAUACACGAGGCCAGAUGUCGUGUCUGAGUGGAAAAGCAGUAACGCUCCAACAACCCACGGAGAGAUGAAUCACAGUGGAUGAAGUUAUGUGUUUCCAUUGGCAAGAUCGGAGGACUAAAACUGCUGAAUCUUAAGAAACCUGCUUUCAUUUAUCCCAUUAUGCACUGGGCAAGAGAUUAGGGAUUGGGGUUAAACGUGCUCCGAAGCAUCAACAGUGUAUCAGCGCUGGACACACUUUUUCACCAAAAGAAGCAUGAACUUCUCCUCGCCAUAACGGACAGCAUGGGCACUCAAACACUUUCAUCACCAGACAACAAGCAGCUUUCCUGAUACAAGCUUCCUGUUGGUUCACAAGGCAGUAAACGGCCCUUGGCUUAAGAUGAGCUUUGCCAACAACAGCUGUAAAGACAGUGCAGAUCUCCGCACAUACCAGCACUAUGUGUAUGCAGUGGUGUACGGUGUGAUCUUGGCACCAGGUCUGCUGGGUAACGUGCUGGCACUCUGGGUAUUCAGGGCUUAUGUCAGAGAAACCAAGAAGGCAGUUGUGUUCAUGAUGAACCUGGCUGUGGCCGACCUGAUGCAGGUGCUCUCUUUGCCUCUGCGGAUCUACUAUUACCUGAACAACGCCUGGCCCUUUGGUGAGCUUCUCUGCAUGAUCUGCUUCUAUCUGAAGUACGUCAACAUGUAUGCCUCCAUCUACUUCCUGGUGUGUGUCAGCGUGCGUCGCUGUGAGCUCAUCAUGCGUCCCCUGACGUACAACUCAUCCAGGAGGAGAAGAGACUUGUUUAUAUGUACCCUUGGCUGGCUGUUAGUCUGCCUGUGCUGUCUGCCUUUCCCUCUGCUGAGGAACUCCAGCAGUGAACGAAACUCUAAUUCAAGUCUUGGCACCUCAGAGUUCAGUCGAGUGUGUUUUACGGAGCUGCCCAUGAGGGUUGUGAGUAUUCCAGCAGCCUGGGCCCUCCUAAUCAUAGCAGAGCUGAUGGGUUUCAUCAUCCCCCUCAUCCUGGUGUUAGCCUGCACCUGUCUGACUGCCGGGAGCCUUCGGGAGCCAACAGAAGGGGCCAUUCAUGACCGAGGGGAAAAGCGCAGGGCGUUAAGGAUGGUGUUAAGCUGUGCUGUGGUCUUCCUAGUGUGCUUUGCACCAUACCAUAUCACUAUGCCCCUGGACUUCUUGGCCAAAGUCAAUGCCCUGAGCAGCUGCUCCCUGAGGGACCUGAUUCUGCGAUGUCACCCCGUCACACUCUGCCUGGCCAGCCUGAACUGCAGCCUGGACCCACUCAUGUACUAUUUCACCACCGAUGAAUUCUGGAGGCGACUGAGCAAGCCAGAAAUACCAGAGAGCAUGACUUUCAGCAGGCGUCUGUCCUGUAUAAAUGGACAGGACUUGGAGAAUGACUAGUCUCUCUAAGUUCACUUGUUGAAGGACCAACAGUUUAAUCUCAACCACUACACCUUGAGAUAAAGUCUAUGCAUUCCUAAAAACUAGGGAAAUUUAUGUGCAAACUAGUGUAUGAAAAUAUGGGAGCAAGAUUCAAAAUGUGAAUUCUUUUACUAUUUAUAUUUCAAUAAAAAGGUGCAUCUGUUCUUUCUAAA